CUGUAAUGAACGAAUUCUAGACGGACACACCAAGAAUCAGCAUUGAUCCGCCACUACUAAAAUUUAUCAAAACAAAAUCCACUAAGCUACCACUUAUGUGAUCUGCGAUGUUUCAUUUUCAAAAAAGGCCCAGCGUGAGAGUCUGCAAGUGGAUGACAUAGACAUGCUAGUAGCUGAAUAAUAAAUAUGGCGCGUGUCGCUGUCUAAGUCUAUCCCGAGCUCGAUGGACGUGCUUCGACUAGAAAGCAACUCGUUUGUUCUCUCCGAAUGCAGUGCUAACUGACAAAGAGAAUGGUCCCUGUGUACGAGCACGCGCGGAAGGCGUGACUAUUGACGCGUCGCGCGAACGGCAUAAGAAAAGCUCCGUCUUGCAGCUAAGUGCAAGAAUGAAUGCACUUGCGGGCAAAUUACUGUACGUGCGAAGCCCGACUCUGGUAAAUUGCCUCGCCGCGGCUGGAUGCGACAACUUUAUGAAAAUGCUAAAUCUAAGGGUCGCAUACUUUUUGUUUGAGGAUAACAAAGCAAAUUAUGGUGAAGUUUCUACUCCAGUAUCAUCUAAGUUGAAGCAUCUAGUCAAAUUAUCUUGAAGCUUCGCGCCUCUCUAUUAUCUAUCUUCAGUGUUCUAGCUUAAGCAAAUCCUGCUCCUAACUAACGCGCCUCCUUGUGGAAGAGGAUCGCCGACCACUCUAACGAUUAUUUCUUGGGCGUAAGACUACGGCGGUUUGCAUCUGCAUCUCGCUGGUCAUCCAUGAUUUCCGAGGAGGAGACUCGUCGAUGCAACUAGAAAAAGCCGGCUGCUGCGGGAGUUCAGCGCGUGGAGCUGCGUUCUGCAGCUGCGUCUCUCACUUAUGUUAAGAGUUUUUCCUUUGAACAAAGACCAUCGACAUGACUACAGUUUUAAAAUGUUGGGCCUUACAUUUACAUCGAGGCUGGUUUGUUCGCUGACUUGCUAGGGCUAAGUAAAGAUCCAUCCUGGGCUUCUCGGAAGUAAUCGAUCCUGAACCUGGAGCGUCUCGUCUCCGUAUAUAUAUUUGAGACAGUUGAGGACGUUUGAGGAGCUGCCAGCAUUACUUGACCGUGAUAAUUUUCAUAAUACAACACGCAGUCCAGAACCAAUGUUGACAUACAGCUGCUACAAAGAGCAGCUUCCUCUGUAACUCCGUGUCUAAUCUCUUGCAAGUAAUCGACGCACCGACGUGCCGGACCGCUACAGAAGUCUGCCAAUUCUGGAAAUAUAGCUUAUGGCAUGGCAUGUGUGGAGAGAAGAAGUCGGCAAUUCAUAUUCUAGCAGUACAUCUCUUGAGAUUUCGAGUAGCGCUUAUGUACUAUUUUGCAUUCAAGGGCACGCUGUGUUUACUAUACCAGCCUCGCCCACUUUUCACUAACAUCUCGAUAGGAGCGGCGGCUGCGCCUACGUCGUCACUCCAUUACGCGCAAAGAACAAGCUUGGGCUUAUUUAUUUGCAUCUAGUGGCGUGAGGAAAGCAGCUGCACCUGCAUCGGAAUGAAUUGAAAGACUGUCGCCGGCAUGAAGCUUCGGUGAGAUUCUGAGAGGAGCUUCUCUUUUGGCCUGCGCUUAUUCAAAUCGAACUUCGCUGGCUACAACAAGGCGCCCGCCUCCAGGAGAGCGCUGCGCACAGUGGGCUUGCCGAUCCUGCAAUGGUGUUGGCGGGAAAAGCGCCGCCUUCCAUGCUUCUGGGAAGUGAAGAAUUUGAACGAACUACGCACUGUGAUCAACCUAGAAUUGCUGGGCUUGAAGGUGAUCCAGAUGCCGUCUAAUCAAUCUGGUUCAAUAUGUUACACGGAACACUUUUCGAAGAGCCUCUACAACAA